AUGAACAAGUGGUGCUGCAGUUGCGUGGCCUGCGGGGAUGCAUCAGAAGUAACCGGCGAGCAGGCCACGACCUCGCGUGUCUCCGAAGAGCAGCUUCUGUACUUGACGAGCCGCGGCCUUGCACCCGAGGAGGCUGUUUCGCUGGUCAUCAACGGCUUCUGCCAGGACGUGUUUGACCAGCUGCCCAUGGAGUUUGCCUCUGAGGCGCAGAAGCUACUUUCCUUGAAGUUGGAGGGCACAGUGGGCUGA